AUGGCAACACAAAUUGUGUAUCUAGAUGACCCUAAAGCCGGAAGCGGUUGGAACGUUGUUCAAAAGAUGGAUCACAGGAACGUGUAUGCUAUACCAGAACUAGACCCAACUGACAACAACGUCAACAAUGUAGCUGACCAACGUUUAGAAUCUUCAAUGGAAAAUGAUGCGGAAACACUUCGAGAUACUAAUGUUAUACAAGAGCCAUUUCAAAUACAAGGAGUGUCUUCAAUCGAAAUACCGAUUCAGUCAAUUACAAUUGACCUCGGUGAUCUUCCGCGAUAUGAUGUUGCAGUUGGCCCGAGCAACGACGAUGAUAUCGACGUCUUUGGUGACGUUUAUGUUCGACCUGGGAAUGAGUUGGCCGAGUCCCUUCAUACGACGAUGGUGGAGAGGAGCCAGUUGGUUCUUCAAGAGUCCGCCUCCCAACUUCCUCCCGAGACUCCGAUCGAGUCUGUGGAUCCUCCGCAUGAUGCUGGAUUUCAGAUUUUGACGCAGACGUUGGAUCAGACUCUCGGGAGGAGGCCGGGAACGUAUUGUAGGGGGAUGGGGAAUGCCCGACAGAGGGAACCUCGACCGCGGUCAUCGUCGCAGGCAAACAGUCAGGUGACUGUUUUGACAUCGCGGGUUGCCGAGCUUGAGGGUCAGAUGUCGGUGAUUCUGCAGUCGCUCGCGCGGUCCGGGAUUCCAAUCCCGAAUUUUGGUGCGUCGACCUCCGAGCCCGUCCAGCCCGAGCAUCCCCAGCACACCACGGCCCCUGCAGACGCCCAUACCUCCGAGCCGCAUGUGGCAGAUGACCAAUUAGAUUUCGGAACAUUAUUUGAUUAG